GGAGAUGGUGCUCGGUGUCCGGGCGGCCUGCGGGAUGGCGGGGGCGGCGGCCGUGUUGGUGGCGGUUCACAGUCACGGCCGGAGGUCGGGGGGCGGCGCGGUGCGGGCGGACACCGUCAGCUGGAGCCCGGGAGCGGCGGCGGCGGCGGCGGGAGCGGCGGCGGCCUGGGACUCCAACUGGGACAAGCGGGAUCCACAUUCCCUGAUCAAACCCAACAAGAAGAACAAGGAGGCAACCGAGGACGUGACUUCUCAGCUCGAAAACUACAAAGUCAAAGCCACGCGGCACAUCUUCCUGAUCCGGCACUCGCAGUACAACCUGAACGCCCAGACCGACAAAGAGAGGAGUCUCACAUCAUUGGGACGGGAACAGGCAGAGCUGACAGGACAGCGCCUGGCAAGUUUAGGGUUGAACUACAACGUCAUUGUUCACUCCAGCAUGACGAGAGCGAAGGAGACCACCGCAAUCAUCAGUAAACAUUUACCUGAUGUGGAGAUUGUGAGCUGUGAUCUGCUGAGGGAAGGAGCGCCAAUCGAACCUAUCCCACCCAUUAGCCAUUGGAAACCCGAGGCCAUGCAGUAUCACGAAGACGGAGCUCGCAUCGAAGCUGCCUUCCGUCGCUACAUCCACCGCGCUGACCUGAAACAACAGAGCGACAGCUACGAGAUCAUCGUCUGUCACGCCAAUGUGAUCCGCUACUUUGUGUGCAGAGCCUUGCAGUUUCCCCCAGAGGGGUGGCUGAGGAUGUGUCUGAACAAUGGCAGUAUCACUUGGCUGACCGUCCGGCCCAAUGGCAGGGUGGCCCUUCGCUCAUUAGGUGACACAGGCUUCAUGCCCCCAGACAAGCUCACCCGCUGACACGUGGCUGCUUCUUGUUUGGGACUUUGUUUUUUCUCUCUCUUUCAUUUGCACACAUUCACCUGAUAUCAAUCAGUGUGUGAGGUGUUGUGAUCUGCCAUCACGACCACAUUGUCAGGUAAUAAUGGUGAGGCAAUGGGAGCGAGUACCAGUCACCACCUCACUGCUCUUUGCUAAAAUAAUCAUCAGUGAUUGAUUUUUAAGGGGACUUUCAAUAAUGUUUGCCUUUAUUUCCAGUAUUGGACGCUCUGUACCAUUUUUUUUUGUUUAGCAGAAACUAUUUUAAAAUCCAGCUUCAAAUGUUUUCAAUGUGACUGUGGAUGGAAGCAAACAUCCACAGUGAGUAAAAUGAUUAGUCCUCAUAAUUUAAGAUCAGCAAAUGUGAAGCUUGUAUCAUGUCAGAGUUAAACAUUGUGACUGAUCUCGGCAGCAGGUUAAUGUAUUUUUGCAAUGUAGAGUUGCACAAUAAAUGUUUGUAAUAAACUGCU